GUCCCAUUUUGAGGUCAUGUCUUGGAAUUUUAGGUGCUCACUUCUUAAAUGGUAGAUUAUGAUGUUAGGAACAAUGUUUUCUUAGACAAGAAAAAAUAAUAAAAUACUUUUUCGCACCCCCUAAUCGAUUUACUGAAAAAAGUCACUUUUUUUUAACUUUUUUUUGAAAUAGGCUUGUAAUUGUUAUUUAACUUAAGUAAAUUAGGAUCGCUUUAUCUUAGGAUGAUAGGUAAGAGUCUAAGGUACAAGAUGUACUAUCCAAAUAUGACCAAAUUCAAUGUUUUUCCGAAGUUUCAGGAGGUUUUGUGUCGAAAAAAUUGCAUUUUUUCAAUUUUUUUUUCAAAAAAGCUCAUUUAAUUUUGGGUAAACGAUUUUUGCCAGUAAUCAAAGUAUAUGGAGCUUGUAGAGAAUUUUCUCACGAACAUUUUUCUCUAAGAGACUUUUGACUUUCGUCACUCCUGAGCCGAGAUAUUCAAGUUUUAUUGAGAAAAGAAAAUCCAAUUUUCAAAAAACCCUCAAUUUAAUUAUUCAUGGCUUACUGAUUGCUCUAAAAACUGCAUGCUAAAGACUUAGAGGUUAAGUAAGACUUUCUUUAUGUAAUUUUGGCUUCUAAUUCUUAUUCUGGAGUCAGAUUCCAUGUAGAUACUAGUGGUUCUGAGUUAAACACGAUUGAAAAAGACAGCUGUAAAGUAGGAAUUAUAAUUAAUAUCUGCAGUCUUUUUUGACAAAGGGGGCUAUGUUUUAAGGAACUUAAAAAUGAUGUUGGGAGAAUGCAUAUUUCGACAAUCAAAGUAAGCUAUGCUAAAAGGAAUCAAAACAUUCUGUUGUGUUGUGUUUGAACACGUGUAAGCUGUGUUUUGAGUUCGUUACAUUUCUUCAAGUUACUCAUCAUUGCUCAAACUCAGUUUUGAUUAAUUUUCGAUACAGUUUGUUGAAUCUUGUUUCAAUAGGUAAGUUUUUGUGAUUAAAAAAUCAUCAUAAUAUUUUUUUAUACUUGUCUAUUGAUUAUAGUAACUAUGCCUAAAACUAAGCCGCUAAAACGAGAAUGUAAGAAAGAUUCGAAGGAGCCAGAUUACUUCAUUGGACAUCCCCGCCGAAAGCUCGCACGUGAUCACUUGCCUUCAAAGCGAGAGGUUUUGUCGUAUCUGAGGUUUUUGAGAAACGAUGCAUUGAGGCAAUUCACUUGUUGCAUUGGCGAAGUAUCCAACACCGUACGAUCUUUUUGGGAAACUAACGGUUUCCCAUCCAUACUGUUACGGAAUGUAUCGCGUAAAGUGAAGUCUCUUCAGCAGCAACUAGACGCCGCACGUAAGCACAAAUCAUCUGCGAAGUCUCAGCGCUUUAAGGAUAGCCUCGAUGAGCUAUUCGACAUCUCUCAUGCUGAAAUUGAUGAUCAAAUCGCCAACGAUCCUCAGCGUUCUGCAUUCUGGAAGAAGCAACAAUGUGCUGGAGAACCACUUUUGUUCGGCAAACUGAUCGACAAGGCGACGCAUGAUGCAGAACAACCAAAAGAAAACCCAGCAGAACAACCCGACGAGAUCCCGCCAACCAUUGAGUCUACAGUUGAGCCGACCAUUGACGAUUGCGAAGGAAGUGAAAAAGGUAAUGAUUCAGAUUUUGCGCUGCAAGCCUCUCCAGCUCUGGCAAGGAAGAAAGCGAAACGGAUUGCCGUCCUGAAUAGUGUAGUGGUUGAAAAUCUGGACAGAGAAAAAGUUUCCAACCGCGGUGCUGUUGGGCUGGUCGCAUCUGUGGCAUCAGCUUUGGGACAAGAUGUGAAAAAUCUCUCUUUGAGCAAGAGUACUAGCUGUCGUAGACGAAAGCAGGCGCGCUCCCAGAUUCUGGAUUCGGUUAAGGCGUCCUAUGACAGGAAUAAGGCGCUCACCGUCCAUUUUGACGGGAAACAGCUUUUGCAGAAUCGAUCCAAACGGGAAAAGAUUGCAGUGGUUGUGACUGGCAAUGGAAUUCCGGAGCAAAUACUGGCCGCAGAGUUCAUCGAGGAUGGCACCGGCCGAACGAUUGCUGAGUUUGUGUACAAAUGUUUGCAAGAUUGGGAUCUAACCGGUACAAUCAAGGUAAAAAGUUAUGACACCGCUAAAGUUAACUCCGGAAUACGAAACGGUGCCGCUGCGAUCCUGGACAAGCUUUUGGGGAGAAAGCUUCUCGAUUUUCCGUGUCGCCACCAUAUCUACGAACUGAUUUUAUCGUGUGCAUUCAGAGUGUGUUUCCCGGGCAAGACAACUGCACCUGACGAAGUUUUGUUUAAACCAUUCCGCGAUCAAUGGCAUUAUUUGGAUCAUACUGAGUACGAGCCCUAUGAAGGAGAUGCGAUAACGGCAGAUGACAAGCAGAGACUUCAAUCUAUUUUUGAAGAAUUGUUGCAGAAGAACUACAUUCGCCGAGAUUACGAAGAACUCCUUCAGUUGGGCUUGAUGUGUGUAUCUGAUGAGUGUAAUUAUUCGUUCCGGAUUCCAGGGGCUACUCACCACGCGAGGUGGAUGAGCAAAGCUAUAUAUUGCUUGAAGAUGUACUUGCUGCGCGGACAAUAUCCCGGCGAAGAUGGCUUCCCGGAACAGCUGAAGAGAUUCGUUACAUUCAUCUUGAAGGUCUACCUUGAAGGUUGGUACAAAGCACCGCUGGCGACGUCUGCACCAAGAAAUGAUUUGGAAUUUCUGGAAAAACUGGACAACUACCCUGAUCGUGAAAUUGGAGAAGCAACGUACGCAAAAAUGGUAACACAUUUGUGGUACCUAUCGGACAUUAAUAUUGGAUUGGCGUUUUUCGACCCGAAGGUCUCAGAUGAAACCAAAAAAGAAAUGUUUUCUCGACUGACGAUCAAGCGUGACCGGCGGGAUUCUCAUAAACUGGUUAAGUUUGGAAAGAUUUACAACGUAGCAGAAUACGUUUCGCAGAAUACCCUUGAUUUCUUCAACAUCUUGCGGAUAUCAACAAGCUUUCUAUUCUUGGAUCCUGCAUCGUGGCCUACAAACGAGCACUUCAUCGAGGGGCAACAACUGUGUGAGUCUCUCAGCGUGAUCAAUGACUGCGCAGAGAGAGCAAUAUCGAUCUGCAGUACUUAUAAUAACGUUGGACCCAAAAGUGAUUGCGAAAAAUCCGAACUAAUUAUCGCGGUCGCCAAAAAUCGAAGAGAACAAAAUAACUCGUCCAAGAAGAGUGUUGGCGAUUACGUCGCUCAGCAGAACGAAACUCAGUAACGUAUAGUUUUUAGUUUCAAAUAAACAUAAAAAUCGUGAAAUUUCGUAGUUUCUAUUCAAAAACAAAGCUCAUAAUUUUAUGGAUAAGUAUAUGUGUUAUCAAGUUUUUCUAAUAAAUUUUCUUUCGCUUAUUUUAUUAUAUAUUUUUUUCAAUCGUGUUUAACUCAGAACCACUAGUAUCUACAUGGAAUCUGACUCCAGAAUAAGAAUUAGAAGCCAAAAUUACAUAAAGAAAGUCUUACUUAACCUCUAAGUCUUUAGCAUGCAGUUUUUAGAGCAAUCAGUAAGCCAUGAAUAAUUAAAUUGAGGGUUUUUUGAAAAUUGGAUUUUCUUUUCUCAAUAAAACUUGAAUAUCUCGGCUCAGGAGUGACGAAAGUCAAAAGUCUCUUAGAGAAAAAUGUUCGUGAGAAAAUUCUCUACAAGCUCCAUAUACUUUGAUUACUGGCAAAAAUCGUUUACCCAAAAUUAAAUGAGCUUUUUUGAAAAAAAAAUUGAAAAAAUGCAAUUUUUUCGACACAAAACCUCCUGAAACUUCGGAAAAACAUUGAAUUUGGUCAUAUUUGGAUAGUACAUCUUGUACCUUAGACUCUUACCUAUCAUCCUAAGAUAAAGCGAUCCUAAUUUACUUAAGUUAAAUAACAAUUACAAGCCUAUUUCAAAAAAAAGUUAAAAAAAGUGACUUUUUUCAGUAAAUCGAUUAGGGGGUGCGAAAAAGUAUUUUAUUAUUUUUUCUUGUCUAAGAAAACAUUGUUCCUAACAUCAUAAUCUACCAUUUAAGAAGUGAGCACCUAAAAUUCCAAGACAUGACCUCAAAAUGGG